AUGAAUUCCGGGACGCAUCAAAGGUCCAUAGCCUUUCCACUAGGGUGGAGGCAAGAUUUGAGCUAUGUCGACCUUGGCAAUAUCCUUGCAUCAAGGUCAGCUGUUCUUGCAUUGCUAGCCUGGGCAUUUGGUGGCUUUCCUGUUUUGGAACAGCCCCUGCGAUCGAUCAUGACAGCUUUGCCAUCUUGGCAAAGCGUAGUUUCUUUCUUCGAUGAGGCUGAGUGCAGGGGCUGGACGGGGCAACGUCUCAAAUUAAACAAAAUCAACAUGGCGGCCUUCAGAACACCAACCCUCAAGCCGACAGCUUUGUAUUCAACAGAAGCUUUCGAUGUCCUCAUGAACAUGCGGGUGCCCCCGAAGAGCGAGCGACCUGCUAGCAAACGAGGGGAGAAAACGAGUGGUGGCCCCGGCCUUAAGCAGACCCAACUUUCUUCUCCAGAAUUUGGACGGGCUUUGGCAGCCUGGUGGAUGGCUCAUGGCCCAGUGACUUCCGGGAGGGAGAGACGGCGAUGGUCUUUGUCGCGAAGUUCCGAUAUGUCUGCACAGACUAUGAAGGAUCAGAUUGUCGCCUAUUCCAGGCUGGAGCACUUCAAAUUCUCAGAAGGUCGCCUGCUAGAG